AUGUUGCUGGACGAGGCGGUGGGCGGCGUGGGCGCUGGGCAGCUGGCUGGCGUGGGCGCGCCCGGGGCGGCCUAUGGCCGCCCAGGCGCGCAGCGCGCGCAGCAGCCCAGGCAGGUCGCUGCCGCGAAGGGCCCGGGGCCAGCCGGGGCGGCGCCAGGCGGCGCGCUGAGGCACGAAGCCGGGGCGCCCCUGCAGCUGCGGGCUUUGGGCCCGCGCCUGGGCUCCGCGCUGGGCAAGAUCAGCGAGUCGGCCGAGUGGGCCGAGGAGUCCGCCCGGGGCGCGGCCGACGCGGCCCUGGACGAUGAGUUCGAGGCCCUCUUCGCGGAGGCCGCCGGGCUGCGGGCGCCGUGGGCCGAGGAGCAGGGGAGGACUCGGUACGAAGUCAUGGAAGGAGGGCAUUUGGCCUGCCCGCCCUGCGAGGAGGCAGGCUCGGCGCCCUCGCUGCCGAGCGCGGCGGGCGGCGCCGCCCCUGCCGGGCCGGUCGCCGAGGCCGAGCCGCACCCCGCGCUCGAGGCGGCCGCGGGCAUCGUGGCCGCGGGCGCCGAGGCCGAGGCGCGCGCCCCGAGCGAGGCCUCGCUGGAGUCCAGGAUGGGCGGAGGCCCUGCUGGAGGCCUCGGGGGCGAGCCAGCCCGAGCCCGAGCCGCGGGGGCCCCCGACGCCCUCGGGGGCGGGCCCUGCUGGGUCCGCCGCGGCGGGGCCGGCAGAGGCGAGGGCGCAGCUGGCGGAGCCAGAGCGGGCUGGAGGAGCCUGGGGACGGCAGCACGGCCGACGAGGUCGGUGCGGAGCCCCUGGUGGCCAGGUUGGCGCCGCAAGGCCUGGAGGAGCCGCGGGUCUCGAGCCCGGCGGAGGCGGGCGCGGGGCCCGCGCCGGCCAGAGGCGUGCUAG